GAGGGGCCGCCGGGAGCAGCUGCCGGCUGAAGGCAUCGCGUUACAUCCGCCUGCAGCCGGAAAAAAGCUGCUGAGGCUGGGGGAGGGGGUGGGUCCCAGCACAUCUGAUUUAUUAUUAUUGGAACAAAGGCUUAACCAGAAGUUCGUCCGCGUGUUACCUGGUUAAACGAUGCCGGAGGUCAGACGAGUUCUGACUCGGGGACAUUGGUUCGCGUUCUUCCUCCAGCAGCUGAUCGCAGAGAAAAGCCUCUAAAACACUUUUGUGUGAUUAAAGCCGGUCCAGUUGCUCUGGGCUCAGACCGGGUCAGACCCGGGGACAAAGGAACCGAGCGCUGAUUGGCUCCGGCCGUGUGCGCUCCGGUGGCGCCCCGCGCCAGCGCCUCGGCCUGCUUUCACAUGUUAAUGAGCCGCUAUAAAAGCUCCCAGCAGCCCCCCAGCGCUGCACCCACACCCCCUUGGAUCUUACAGCGCCUCGCCUGCCGCUUCAUCCAUUCUCAUCUUUAUUUGGGAACAAAACGGAACCGGUUCCGUUUGCCAGCUGAGCUCCCGGAGAAUCCCGAGGUCCGACCGUCAUGGCCCCCUCUGCUCGGCCCAGCAACGGCGGACUUUGCCUGGAGGAGGACGAGUCCCAUUACGGGAUCCAGAAAGCAGACAGGAAGACCAGGAAGCCUCUGGUGGAGAAGAAGAGACGGGCUCGCAUCAAUGAGAGUUUGCUGGAGCUGCGCAGCUUAUUGGCAGACACACACCUUCAUUCAAAGGUUGAGAACGCUGAAGUUCUGGAGAUGACAGUGAAAAGAGUGGAGGACAUCCUGAAGAACCGAACCCAAGAGACUGAGAUCCAGAACCGGGAAGCCAGCGAGCGGUUUGCAGCCGGCUACAUCCAGUGCAUGCACGAGGUCCACAUGUUCGUGUCCAGCUGCCCGGGCAUCGAUGCAGCCGUGGCCGCCGAGCUCCUCAACCACCUGCUUGAGAGCAUGCCCCUCAACGAGGACCACCUGCAGGACAUGCUGAUGGACCUGAUCACGGACUCUUCUGGCAGCUGCUCAGCCUCUCCGGAUGAGAGGCGCUCGUCCAGUGGCGAGGCCUCGGCACUGUCUCCGGCCCUGUCCACCUCCUUCAGUGAGGACUUGUGCUCCGACUUAGACGAGACGGACGGAGAGCACAACCAGAGCUCUGUGGAGGGAGCUGAGAGCAGGGCAGUGGUGGGGGUUCCCACCAUCACCUACCCUCAGUUCAUGUGGAGGCCGUGGUAGGACUGAGGUCUCCACACAGCCGGGUGGACCUGUGGACUUUUAGUGGAUAGAUCCAAGGACUUCUUUCAGAAAGAGACACUCCUACUUCUCCAGUCUUCCUGGACUUGAUCCAGUUUGGAAAGCUGAUGACUUGCACUGACUCAGAACCUCUGGACUCCACACAGACUCCAACUGAAACAUGAAGGGACCAAAUCCAGUCUGAGGGACAUCAGAGUCCACGACCAUGUGACCCAAACACAGCCUGGGUUCCUCUGGACAUCAUGAAACUGUUUGGCUGAGCUUCCCGGGCCCUGGCUGUGGUCCGCUCCAGCCCGGACCCACCCCCCCACCCCCCACCGUUGAGUCCUCUCCUCAGACUUCUUUCACACCUGGAGGAUGAAAGCCUCCCCCCACCCAACACUUCCAACCCAACGAUGGACACAGAGAAUUGGUUUAACACUUGUUUUGUGUGUGACUGAAUCUGGAAAAGCUCUUUUUUAGCACACGAGAGGCUCACCUCUGAUUAAUAUAAACAUGUUCUUGUAGUUGGUUAAAGCUUUAGGCUCCUGAUGUGUUUAGAAAUGUCUUUGUUGGAUAAAUGAAAACUAAAGCGCUCUGGGCUGGUGAGACUUAGUUUCCUAGAUUUUUGUGCUGAUUUAGAAUCAUCGAAGAUUAAAAUGACCUUUUUCUGCUCUGCUGAA